CAAUAAUAUACCGUGAUAACUCAAGAGCUUCGUAACGAAAUUUUAAUUUUUAAAUGGAAGAGCCCUUGACAAAAGAGAAAGGAACAUAUGUUAACGUUAGUUAAAUCAAUGAUUCAUGUUUGAAGAAACCGCAUGUCAGGCAGCGCCAAUGGUAUGAAAUGAAAGUUCCGGUCUCCGAAGUGGGCGUUGUCUCUUGACCCCUCCCUCAAGCGAAUGCAACCGGCAUGAAAUGUGACAGUUGCUAAUAUUCCAGUUUUUCACAGUCGCUUUGGUACAUUUCUCGAAUCAUCCUCGACAUUUGCAAAACACAGUGAGAUGUGUGGUAUCUGGGCUUUGUUUGGCAGCGAUGAGUGCCUGUCGGUUCAGUGCACUUGUGCCAUGAAGAUUGCUCACAGGGGCCCUGACGCCUUCCGCUUUGAGAAUGUCAACGGCUUCACCAACUGCUGCUUUGGCUUCCACCGGCUGGCUAUCGUGGACCAGCUGUACGGCAUGCAGCCCUUACGCAUCAAGAAGUUUCCUUUCCUCUGGCUCUGCUACAAUGGAGAAAUUUACAACCACCACACGCUGAGGAAGCAGUUUGAGUUUGAACACCAGACCAAAGUGGACGGUGAGAUCUUACUCCACUUGUACAAUCGCUUUGGCAUCAAGAAGAUGGCCUCUCUGCUGGAUGGUGUGUUUGCCUUCAUUCUGCUGGACACUGCCAACAGAAAGGUCUUCUUGGGGAGGGAUACCUACGGUGUCCGGCCUUUGUUCAAACUCCUGACAGAUGACGGCUUCCUUGCAGUCUGCUCAGAGGCUAAAGGGCUUACGGACAUUACCCACGCAAUGGCCUCCCCAGCCAGCAUUGUCCCUUUUCUCCCUGGGCACUUUGAGUCCUUUGAUUUGAAGCCGAAUGGCAAAGUUCAGUCUGUUCAGAUGGAGCAGUUUCACUGCUGCACACAGGAGCCUGCUCAUGCUGUCUAUGACACUUUGGAGAGACUACCAACAAGGUUUGAUGAGGAAACGGUGAAAAGCAACAUCAGAGCCCUGUUUGAGAAUGCUGUGAAGAAACGUCUGAUGGCUCAAAGGAGAAUUGGUUGUCUUCUCUCAGGUGGUCUGGACUCCAGUUUGGUUGCUGCUACACUGGUGAAACUGGCCAAAGAGGAGAAGCUGGAGUAUCCCAUCCAGACGUUUUCCAUCGGGUCAGAGGACAGUCCAGACAUCAUUGCUGCUCGCACGGUUGCAGCUCACAUUGGCAGUGAACACCACGAGGUGAACUUCACUGCAGAGGAAGGUAUCCAAGCAGUAGAGGAUGUCAUCUUCCACCUGGAGACUUAUGACAUCACUACCAUCCGUGCCUCUGUUGGGAUGUACUUGGUUUCAAAGCACAUCAGGGAGAAGACCGACAGUGUGGUGAUCUUUUCUGGAGAGGGUUCGGAUGAGCUCACUCAGGGAUACAUUUACUUCCACAAGGCUCCCGAUCCCAAAGCAGCAGCAGAGGACAGCGUCCGACUGAUGAAGGAACUCUACCUGUUCGAUGUUCUCCGAGCUGAUCGCACCACCGCUGCACAUGGCCUGGAGCUCAGAGUGCCGUUCCUGGACCACAGAUUCACAGCGUACUACCUCUCCCUGCCAGAGGAGAUGAGGACUCCUAAGCACGGAGUGGAGAAGCACCUUCUGAGGGAAUCUUUCAAAGGUCUCAACUUGAUCCCUGAUGAGAUCCUGUGGAGGCGCAAAGAGGCUUUCAGUGACGGAAUGAUGUCUGUGAAGAAGUCCUGGUACACCUGCCUGCAGGAGCAUCUAGAGUCUAUGGUGAACGAUGACCAGAUGGAGAAGGCUCACAAGACAUUCCCUCACAACCCUCCGUGCACCAAAGAGGCCUACUACUUCAGACAGGUGUUUGAGAAGCACUAUCCAGGCCGGGCCGAGUGGCUCCCCCAUUACUGGAUGCCGCGCUGGAUCAACGCCACGGACCCCUCAGCCCGGACCCUGUCCAUUUAUAAACCUGAUAAAGACCAGUGAUUGGCUGGAGAAGAGUCAGUAAUGCGUUAGCUGUCUUCCUUAAUUCUAUUGUGUCACACUGAGCUGUACUUUGUUGAUCACAUUUAACUCACUAGGAAUAAUUUUGUAUUUACCAAACAUGACAUUUGUCAGACUCUCAGAUCUCACAGCACGAAAGCCUGUGUGCUAACCAAAACAAUGCAUCCAAGAUGAAAAUAUUAUAGUUAGACCUAUUUAAUUGAACCUAAUUAGCAAAUGUAAGCGCUUUACUACGGAAGCCGAGAAAGGCCAUACUAUCAAACUAUCUGACGGGCUGACGAGGACUGAUCUGAAAAUCAUCUGGUAUGAAAAGACAGUGUGAUAUCUGCCCUUAAUUGAAAUAUUCCCCAAUGCGUUGAUCAAUGAACAUUUUCACUUUACAGCUCUAGAAGUUGUGAUCGCCAUAUUGACUUGGCACAUCUGAUCUCAUUACAUGAGAAAAGGAGUUGUGUUAUCUCCAGAUAACAUGAUAAUUAUCUCCUUUUUUCGGGAUAACAAGACAUUGUUUUUUCCUGAUACAUACAUAUAUACAUCUUGUUAUCUCGAUAACGAGCUUUGUUAUCUUUAAAUAACAGGAUAAAAGAUUAUUUGCAUGUAUGGCCUUUCUCGUUUCCGUUCUAUGAUGUAAAAUGUGCAAUUUAUUUUAUUAGUUAAAUAUUACUUAUUAGAAGUUCUGCUUCAGUUUUUUCUAACAGUUGUUGCUCUUAAUUCUCUUUAGAUUCCAACUAUACUGAAAGCACAGGUGCGUUUUGUACCUCUUACAAAACAUGGUGAAGAAACAACACAAACAUUUCACGCGCUACUGGUUUGUGGUAGAAUCAAGUUAAAAGCAAAACAGUCAUUCUUUUACUGGUAGACUGUCAAAAUACUCCAGUCACUGGUUUCAGCUGGUUUCAUUACUACCUUGAGAGACUUCAUGGGUCUAAAUAGGUGAUCCAUCACAGUGAGCACUCAUCAUCUUUAGGGCACUAUAUAACCAGAUGUUUGCAGCUGCAUGGAUGUUGUGGAGUUGAAUUAGAUUCAACCUCCUCUCACAGUGUAUACACGUUAAAUCCGAACAUGAACAUGGUUCAUGAACGCCACAUCAGUCUCAUCCUGGUCAUACGAGAAAACACUUCGUACAAGUUGCCUGAUGGAGGCUUAUUGAAUAUAUUUGAAUAAUUUCAGACUGUUACAUGAGCUCAACCUGAUCAUUAGAAGCUUAUUUAGUUAAAGGACCUUCGUUUUGGGUUUAACCUCAGAUGAAUUAUGUAGAGCUGCGAACACCAAAAGGCUGCGGCCCAGCUUGUUGACUUGUCCUGUUUAUGAUGCAAUAUGUGUGAAGGACAUGUCGACAGUUUGUCAUGUGUGGAGGUGUCAUAUUUGAAACUGGCAUGACUCCUCACACUGGUUAAUGUUACCUCUGCCGACAAGUGUUAGGUUUGGGUUGGCUAAGCAAACUUCAACAUUAUGUUAGUGAUAGAAAUUUGUCAUCCCUUGUCAUUUGAUUUGCUAAUUAAUUAAAUUCUAGUGGAUUUAUUAUAUGAUGAGGAAUUAAAAUGUAUGUACCACAGUAGAAGAUUUUAUCAUCCCUCACUUGUUUGAUGGUUGAGAAGUGAAGUGAUCUGACAAUAUAAUAACUCCAGUCUGACAAUGGCACUCAACAAGUUGAACAUUGUUCUGAACCAGGUAUAAUCAUUAUCUGCAUCUUAUUUUCUAGUCACUGUUUCUGUGUCAUUCUAACUGCUCCUAAAAUAAAUUCCCCUCUGGCUCUGAA